AUGGCCAAGAACCAAAAGGUCGUUGUGGUCGGCGCCGGCCCCGUCGGCUCGUUGGCUGCGCUCUACGCAGCCCAGCGCGGGUACGAGGUUGAGAUCUACGAGUUGAGAGCCGACCUUAGAGAACCCACAACAACGCUUUUAAACUUCACCCGGUCCAUCAACCUGGCGCUUUCCGAGCGCGGCAUCAACGCCAUGCGCAAUGCUGGCCAACCAAAGUUACUGGAACAUGUCUUUGGCGCCACCAUUCCCAUGCGGGGACGCAUGAUCCACGGCAGGACCCCGAAAGGUGAUCUGUACGAGGCUUCGCAGGACUACGAUGUCCACGGCAGAGCCAUUUACGCCGUGGACCGCGCCGGCUUGAACAAGCGCAUGCUCGACAUCCUCGAGGAGAUGCCGAAUGUCAAGUUCUUCUUCAGCCACAAGCUCACCGGCGCAGACUUCAAGAAGUGCAAGGCGUGGUUCGAGGACAUGACGUCCGGGUCGGCUACCGGCCGCGCCAAAGAGAUUGAGAUUGGCUUUGAUUUCAUGAUUGGCGCCGAUGGCGCACACUCCGCCGUCAGAUUUCACCUGAUGAAGUUUGCUCAGAUGAACUACCAGCAGGAGUACAUCGACACCCUCUGGUGCGAGUUCCAGAUCAAGCCUGCCAAAGCUUCCUCGCCGGACAGCAAGCCGCAAUUCAGAAUCUCACCAAAUCACCUGCAUAUCUGGCCCGGCAAGGAGUUCAUGUUCAUCGCCAUACCCAGCGAUGACGGCUCCUUUACCUGCACGCUAUUCCUACCCAACAACCAAACAGAGGCUCUUGAACAAGACCCGUCGAGUCUACCAGCCUUCUUCGACAAGCACUUCCCCGGAGUAACAGACCUGAUCCCAUCCGCAGACCUCAUCGAAUCCUUCAAGCAGAACCCCCACCUGCCCCUGAUUAGCAUCAAGUGCAGCCCCCACCACUACGACGCCUCCGCCGUCCUCGUCGGCGACGCCGCGCACGCCAUGGUUCCCUUCUACGGCCAGGGCAUGAACGCAGGCCUAGAAGACGUCCGCAUCCUCUUCUCCAUCCUCGACAAGCACCGCCGGCUGGCGGAAGCCGAAGCCAACGACCCGACAGGAGACCAAGCGGACGUGGAUACCUACGCGGCCGUCGCAUACCACCGCGGCGCGGCGCUGGCCGAGUACACGGCGAACCGUGUGCCCGACGCGCACUCCAUCAACGACCUGGCGCUGCAGAACUACGUCGAGAUGCGCGCGUCGGUGCUGUCGCCGCGGUACCGCCUGCGCAAGUGGCUCGAGGAGAAGAUGUCGGUGUACGCGCCGGGUCUGGGAUGGCAGACAAAGUACUCGCGCGUCAGCUUCGGGAACGAGCGGUACUCUGAGGUCGUGGCCAAGAGCGAUCACCAGGGCCAGGUGCUGAUGAAGACUUUCGAGGCGCUCGUGUGUAGUCCGCUGCUUGUGGGAGCCGUCUUUUUGUGGUGGAAGAGGCCGAGGGUCGUUGUUAGUGCUGUGCAGGGGGUUUUGCGAUAUUUGCUCCGGGCUACGGAGGCAUGA